CAUGAAUCAAAUCGUUUGGAUACCGCUAUCCUAACCGCUACUAGUAAAUUUGGAUCGUAGUAUAAAAUGAUGCACAUCAUCCUAAAAAAACUCAAUACGGCCUCAGCAUGGAACUCAAAUCCACAUGUAUUCUAAUCAAUGUUUUGUUGGUAAUAUCGCACAGUCAUACAGCAUUAUCUAAGACAUCGAACGGACGAGGGAAGCAUAUUCUCCCUUUAAGAAAAGCUUUAUUGUUUCCCGAUAAAGAUUGCCGAUGUGAUCCCGGCCCGCAAGGUCUACCUGGCCAUCGGGGCGAUCGAGGAAGACCAGGUCAUGAUGGACGACCAGGCAAGCCUGGAGAAAAAGGAGAUAAAGGAGAUACAGGUCCACAAGGUCCACCUGGAAUACAAGGAACAGCAGGUGCUCCAGGAUCACCUGGUAUUAAAGGUAAAGACGGUGAGCGUGGUCCUCACGGUCCGCCAGGCAAAGAUGGUAUUCCUGGACAUCCUGGGGCAGAAGGUCGCCCAGGUCUUGAUGGACGACCGGGUCCACCAGGACCACUUGGUCCCACUGGGCCAGCGGGGCCACCAGGUCAGAGGGGAAGUCCCGGUGUUCCCGGUAGGCCUGGUUCAUCAUGUUCAAGUCCAGGUCCUGGUUUCCCAGGCGGGCCAGGUGGACCAGGUGGUCCGGGUGGCCCUGGAGGUCCAGGUGGGCCCGGUGGUCCCGGCGGACCUGGUGGUCCAGGUGGCCCAGGGGGUCCCGGUGGACCUGGUGGUCCUGGAGCUCCGGGUGGCCCCGGAGGCCCUGGUGGACCUGGUGGACCGGGCGGUCCGGGAGGUCCAGGGGGCCCUGGUGGUGCUGGAGGGCCUGGUGGUCCUGGUGGUCCUGGUGGUCCUGGAGGCCCUGGUGGGCCAGGAGGACCUGGAAGUCCGGGUGGUCCUGGUGGCUCUGGUGGUUCAGGUGGCUCAGGAGGUUCUGGAGGCUCUGGCGGAAGCGGUAGUGGAGGAAGCGGAUGUGGGUGCUGCUGUUGUAACCAGCAGCCUACACAUCCUCAUCCGGGGCAUCCUCAUCCGGGGCAUCCUCAUCCAGGCCACCCCCAUCCAGGCCAUCCUCAUCCAGGCCAUCCUCAUCCGGGCCCUCCUCAUCCAAGUCAUCCAGGUCAUCCUGGCCGUCCUCGUCCUCCCAGACCUACCAGGCCUGCUAAAACAACAACUGAGAGUACACCAGAAAGCACAACCGACACUGCAGCCGAAGGCAUCACGGAGGGGCCUACUCUUGAAAGUUCAUCUCGCAGUUUAUUGAAUGUGUUCGGAUUUAAAUUUGGAAAUGGUCACCAAACAACGCCAGCCACUUAUGAUUUCAAAGUUAAGGAAAUAAGUUGUACUCUACUUGUGGUAGCUAAUGCAUCCAUUAACAAGCUAGCACAGAAUCUUGUAAAUCGAGCCGUUUUGCCGCAAUCGAAGACAAUUUCGAUAUUUCACCACAGUGGCGAACAUAACAUUCCAAAAAUUAUAGACUGCGGAUGUCCACCUGGACCACCAGGGCCUCCUGGACCCCCGGGGCACCAAGGAGCACACGGAUAUCCAGGCGAAGAAGGUCGUAAAGGAAAAACAGGUAAACCUGGUAAACCCGGAAGGCCCGGAAGAAAAGGCAAACAUGGACGAAAAGGACGUGAUGGAGCGGUAGGACCACCUGGCCCACCAGGCGAUCCUGGUCGAACGGGUAAAUCGGGGCCUCCAGGAGUUGAAGGAAAUACAGGGCGGCCUGGCCCUCCAGGUCCACCCGGCGUACAAGGUCCUCCCGGAAAGAGAGGUAGGCCUGGACCACCAGGUCCACCGGGACCGCGUGGGCCACCAGGAAGACAUGGGCAUAGCGGCGGACACGGCGGCGGCUGGGGUGGCGGCGGAGGCUGGGGUGGAGGCGGAGGUGGUGGUGGUGGCGGUGGUGGUGGAGGUGGCGGAGGAGGUGGACCAGGUGGUGGAGGAGGCGGACCAGGUGGCGGAGGAGGUCGUCCACGACCACCGUUUGCAACUGAUCUCCUUCCCGGUUAUGAUAUAAACAGCCUCUUUCCUGAUCGCCCUCGGAUUGAUCAAUCUCUGGCAGAACCAGACUAUGUAGAAGUCUAA